AGAUGCCUUACACAGUACACUACGCACAAGAAAGAGCGGGGACCGCAAGGCACCCAUUCCCCCGCCGCUUCAUGCUCUCCAAGAGAAAGCCUCGCCUACUGCACCACAUACAUUGCACCUCGACCGACUCACAUCACAGUACAACACUACACUACAACAGUGGACAGUGGUGAUCCAGGCAAGCCAGGUUGUCCUCUACAAUGGAUCUGGAUACCCCUAGGCGCGAUGGCACUCGAAGCCGCUCGCUAACGAGACCCAGACAGGCUAUGCAUGCCUAUGCCUUGCACGCCCAGAGUUCUGAAAACCAAGGUAAGCUUCGUCUGGAUCACACUGAACCUAUUAGGCUUCGUUCACAUGGAGAGCGGAUCCCUUUUUUUUUUCAUCCUUUCCUCGGCCCUACUACGACUACACUACCAGAUAGACGUACCUACGGCACUGUCGUACAGGCUUCAACCACGUUCCAAACUUUCGGCAGAAUGCCCCCGGUUCCCUGCCAAGCGUGCCUUGGCCAUUGCAAAGUCUCGCCCAUCUUUAUUAUUCCGCAGUACCUAUGUUCGCGCCGGGUUUAUGGGCAUUGGGCAUGCAUUGUUUGACGAAAGUGGGCGCGCGGGCAUGCAGAUACAGUACGGAUACUCCAGUCUCCGUGAAGGAAAAAGAAACGAAACAAGAUCGGUGCCCACUGCUUCUAUGAUCUCAAAUUCUUGGGGGAGAAACACAGGGGGGAGAGGGCCUGGCCUGGACCAUCGAAUGGGCGUCAAAUGGCUACCUGACGUGUUUGUGCCCUGACAUACGGGGGACCAAAAAGAUGAUGGAGUGUCGUUGAAGACAAUUACGGGCUACUUGCAAUUGGCCCCUCCAUCAGGUCUCACCCGUUGUGAGAAAGCGUGUAAUUGGGACACAUACGGCCCAAACGUCCACGCUCGCAAGCACCCCCGCAAAUUCGUUCGAA